GGGAAAUUAGUGUAGGGCUUAAGGUGUUAACCAAUAAAAAUCAGUAUAUUAAUUCAUUGUAUAUAGUACUAGUUUAGUUUUAUUUUAUUUUCUUGGGAGGGGGUUAUUUGCUUUAUGUGGAUUAACCCAUAUUUUAAACGAUUUUUUCGAACUAGAUUAAUAUUUUUAUCGGAUGUCUCCUAAGAGACAAUUAGAUUAAUAUUUUAAGAUCCAAUUCCUACAUUUAUUCGAAUUUGAUGGACCGAUCCAUACGGACUAUCUCAUUGUCACAUAUUUACCCUCACUAUAAGAAAAUGUAUGAUUUGCUAUCAAAAUUUUGCUAUAAACUGCAUUUCUAGUUAAUCCCAAUUAAAAAUCCCACUGUUUGACCGAUGCGUUUUUUUUUUUACCCAUUUGACCGAUUAACUUCAAAAACUUUUAUUAACUCAUUUUUUCUUUAUUUUUUUAUUUAUUUUUCUUUAUUUUUUUAUUGUUCCAUCACUAUUACUUUAUUUUUCCAUUAUUUAUUAUUUUAUUUUUCAUACUUAUUAGUUAUUACUGCAUUUAACAAAUUAAAAAUUUCUUCAAGUGUGCAGUCUAAUUAUAGGAGUUGGAUCCACUCUCAGAAUCUCUCAAAAUCGAAAGAAGAAAAUCUCAUCCUCAUCUCUCAGAAUCACUUAUUCACAAUCGCUUCUUCACAAUUUGUUUCAUCACCAUCAACACCGAAUCCCUAACUCGGUCUCGUUCAAAAUCUCCUUCGUCACCAACGCCGUUCAUCACCAUCUUCGAUUCAUCACCAAAUCGCAUUCUCUGAUUCAUCACCAACGCCGUUCAUCACCAUCGUCGAUGCAUCCAAUUUCUUCAUCUUUCGAAUCUGGAAUUCACCAUUGCACCAUCGCCGAUUCAUUCCUGAUUCACUGAUACGCCGCAUUUUUCUGAUCUAUUAUUGAUUCGAGUGCAAGUGUGUUUGGAGUCUCAGCAGAAUCUAUGCAGUGUUCUUAUGAUACAAAAGGAAACAGUGUCCCAACUAUUCUCAUGCUAAUGCAGGACCGUUUAUAUUCACAGGGAGAACUAAAGGAAUCCCUUAAGAAGGUUGAUUUUACUUGGAUGAAUUCUAUCAUGGCAAUGAUAAAGGAUCCUGAAGUUGAUAAAGCAUUUGGAUGGGUGCUUGAAAUGGAACACCAUCAAAGGAAGUUGAUUCUGCCAAAGAAAGUUCAAAGCCUGAAUGGCCAUCUGUUUUGUCUAAGAGAAGUGGCCAGACUUCUAUAUUUCAUCAUAAGAAACCCACUUCUAGUGUUGAUGCUGAAAUUGUUGGUGGUUCUACCUUAAGUUCGCAGGCUAUGCUGAAACAAGAGGUUUCUACUGCAUCAUCAAAAGCCGCUGCUCUUAAAAAAGGUGAUCGAGUAAAAUUUGUCGGUAACUUUCCACCUGCUGUCUCAUCACUACAAAAUUAUUCUUCAAGGGCGGAUUCUAGCAUGAGAGAGCCACUUAUAUGUCUCACUUGUGAGAGACUGAAUUUCAACCGCUGGAUGAGUUAAACGGUUGUGAUGUUGUACCUGGAGAGAGGAAAAUUCCUGCAGUUAUACCAGGUUAUUUCUGUCCUGCUUUGGCUAAGGCUGUAAAAACAAUGAAGAAGGGAGAGAAAGUUCUCUUGAAUAUUAAGCCAGAAUAUGCAUUUGGUGAGAGUGGAAAACCUUCAUCAGGAGAUGAUGGUGUUGUGCCUCCCAAUGCUUCGCUCCAAAUGGAUCUUGGGUUGGUCUCGUGGAGGAUUGUAUCUGACAUUACUAAGGAUAAGAAGGUCCUUAAGAAGAUCUUGAAGGAAGGAGAGGGAUAUGAAAGACCAAAUGAUGGAGCUAUGGUUCUAGGUACAGUUUUGCUAAUAAAAGCUUUUAAAGGUUUUUGUACUUUGAUUUCAUUUGUAAAGGUGAGAAUAUUAUGUCUUCAUUUUCUUUAGGUUUUUUUAGUUUUGACAAAGUUGGAAGAUAUACUUGAUUACUUAUAUAAUGCUAACAUGUGUUUAGUUACUUUGUUAUGCGUAAAAUUUAGUCUUGUAGUUGUAAAUCAUGUUCAUUUAAUUAGGCUUAUUUCGAUUUUUUAAUAGAUGAUAAAUAAUUUAUAAUUACCUUGAAUUUUGGACAUGAAUUCAUAAUAAGCAUUUUAUAAUUUUUUUUAAAAAAAGCUUGGAUUUGGCUGCGAAAUCGCUAGGAAUGAGUAGCUAGAGAUUUAUUGUGAAAUUGUUGUGAAAUAUCCUAGCGAUUUAGUUAGGAAACAUAAACAUGUGAACAUUAUUUAACUAGGCCUUAAUUGGGAACUAGCUAGGAUAUUCUAUAUAUUAGUUGCUAGGAAAUGUUUUUAUAGGUGAUUUGCCACCCAAUCCAUGCUAUGCCUUAUACGACAGCUAAUUCACAACAAAUUUGUAGCUAACGCUAUUUUUUUUACCAAAUAGAGCCUUUGUAACUAGGCACUACAAGAAAAUACAGGAUUUGCUACGACGUCCAAUCAGGAAAAUAAAAUUCAAAGAUUUCCAAUUGUUAUUUUUUUUUUUAAUGUUUUUUUCAAUAUUUUUUAACACAGAUAAAUACUUUAAUUCCACUAAUAAGUGAUAUUAUUUAUUCAGGCGUGGUAGUGUUGCGGAGUCAUCCCUUGUGUGUGUGGCGGGCUGCUCUUAUGCUGAAAAUUUGAAUCACAUGUUUUUUGAAUGCCCAAUUUUUAGUAAAGCGUAAGGUCGUAUUCUAGUUCGGUUAGGUGUUCAUAGCACCAUAUCAAAUUCACCCCUUGACCAUGUUCCACAAUUUUGUGGUCUAGCUAAUAAUAUCAAGUUUGAGAAUGACAUAUUCAAUAUUAUUUGGUUGACAUGCUAUUGGUAAGAAAUAGUUAUUUAUUUCGGCAAAAGAUUAUCUUUAUAGAUGAUAAAAAUUCUCUACAAUGUUGUUAAUCUUCUAUGCUUAUACUCUUUAAUGUUAGAUAGUUUUUAUCUUGUAAUAUUUCCGUUAUGUUGGCACGUCUUGUGCUAAGGUAACCUUAUCGAUAUAUUUUUAACUUCUUAAAAAAAAAACUGAGACUUUUAAACUCAAAGAACAAGAUUUUAGAUGUGUUAUAAAAAUUUUGUUUUGGUAACAAGAUUAGUGUAGAUAUCUUGGAAGAAGAAGAUUUAGCAUAGAUAUAAUAAUAAUAACUGUAUUAGUUUGAUCGAAGUAACGAAAAAAAUAUGAAAAAAUUUUGUUAUAGAAAAAAAAGGGUAAAUCUUUUUUUUUAAAAGAGUAAAUCUUUUAACACAAAAUAAGAUAAUUUUUUUGUUAUAGAAAAAAAACAAAUCUUUUAACACAAGUAAAUCAAUUAGACAAAGAUACGGUAAUCUAUCUAUCAGCAUUUAUUUCCAACGGUCAGAAAAUUUUCACAAUACUGCAUGUUAUAAAUUCACCUCUUGUGUCUCAAACAUUACAUUACUACUUUCUUUUUUUCUCUCUUCCAUUAUUACAACAUAAUAAUAUCACAUUUUUUGUUUGAGAGAUCAAGAUCAAUAAUCACUGCAACAGAAAUGGGUCGUGGUGGUGGAAAAGUUACCUUGAAACACAUUCAAAAUGAGAAAAUUCGGAAAUCAUCUUUCAUUCAGAGAAGGAAAGGAUUAACAAAAAAAGUGUCUAAAUUUUCUAAAAACUUUAGAGUUGAAGUUUGCUUAAUUGUGUGCGAUGGUGAUGGUGAUAGUAAACCAAUGACUUGGCCACAAGACUUCUCAACUCUACAAUCCAUGCUUACAAAAUAUGAGCAACAAAAGAUUGAGACGACUCCAAAGAAAUUUGAUAUGCAAGACUAUUUUGCAAAUAAGAAGAAUAUGGUUGAAGCUGAGAUUUUGAACGUGCGCAAAAAGAUCGCGAUGAACAAAUAUCCAACAUGGGGUCGACCUUUCAAUAACUUGGAAAUGGAGCAACUCAGAAGUUUCGUUGAUAUUGUAGAUCUGAAGAUUCAAGCCUGUAAUCAAAGAAUCAACAUGGUGAAAAAUAUGCAACAAAGUGAUGAAACCAAUUUCAUGCAAAAUACUGCUCCGAUGCAAAAUGUGGCUUCAGAGAAUGUUGCAUCUCCACUAUCAAGUCAACCUGAUGAUCUGAUAAACCCCCUCAUUGAUAUCAGUGAGAUGAUUGAUUUCAGUGAUCUUAUGGAGUGGGAUGAAAUAAUGGCUCAGGAGAAUGAUUUAUCCUCCCAUUCACAUUCAAGUCAAGAUGUGAUGCAUAGCAUUCCUCAAAUGCAACAUGAAUUUGGAAAGUUGGAUGAUCUAGUGGAUAAAUCUGAUCAGGAAUGGGCUACUCAGCUUGAGGAUUUUGAUGAUUGGGCAGUCAAUAAACUAAAUAAUGGUGAUGGUUGGGUUAAGCAACCUUAUAUGUUUGAAUGCCAAGAUUUUUGCUUUUUAUCUGAAAUCGAACAACAAUGUGGAACUUUGGAUUCCUUUUACCAACCAAGAUAUGGAUUUUAAACAAAUUACCACAUAAUGUAUUUUGCUUGGU